GGAGUUACAUUACCUGGCUUGUGGCUGCUCCUAAUGACGUUGCUGCACUACAAGGAAGAUCAUUUUCAAGCGUGAUGAAGUCAGAGAAGGAUCCUGAAGAGGAAGAAAAUAUCGUUAGCGAUCGGAGCCAGGGGUAGCCAGCAUGAAGCCUGUAGAGCCGGCAGAGGUGUAGAGGCGACAGUCGCUUGUUAGGAGUUUGUCUGAGGCUCGCUUUGUGAGCUGCAAGAGAUUUGUAAUCCAAUGCGAAGUAGUCUGCUGUUAGCAACCAGAAACUGAAGCCUGUCUAUGAUGAACUGUUGGUUUUCAUGUGCUCCUAAGAACAGACAGGUAGCAGACUGGAACAAAUAUGAUGACCGAUUGAUGAAAGCAGCAGAAAGGGGAGAUGUAGAAAAAGUUUCCUCAAUCCUUGCUAAAAAGGGGGUCAGUCCAAGCAAACUAGAUGUGGAAGGCAGAUCUGCCUUCCAUGUUGUGGCCUCAAAGGGGAAUCUCGAGUGUCUGAAUGCCAUUCUCAUACAUGGAGUUGAUAUUACAAGCAGUGACACUGCAGGGAGAAAUGCUCUUCACCUGGCUGCAAAGUAUGGACAUGCAUUGUGUCUGCAAAAACUUCUACAGUACAAUUGCCCCACGGAGCACGUCGACCUCCAGGGGAGAACUGCACUCCAUGACGCAGCUAUGGCAGACUGUCCUUCGAGUAUCCAGCUCCUGUGUGACCACGGCGCCUCAGUGAACGUGAAAGAUGUGGAUGGGCGGACACCGCUUGUUCUAGCCACUCAGAUGUGUAGGCCAGCAAUAUGUCAACUGCUGAUAGAUAGAGGGGCGGACAUUAACUCCAAAGACAAACAAAACAGAACUGCUCUCAUGCUGGGCUGUGAGUAUGGCUGCAGAGAUGCUGUGGAAGUCUUAAUUAAAAACGGUGCUGAUGUCACUUUGCUGGACGCCCUUGGCAAUGAUUGUUCUUACUAUGCAAGGAUUGGUGACAAUCUGGACAUUCUCACCUUACUGAAAAAUGCCUCAGAAAAUACGUACAAAGGGAAAGAACCUUGGAAGAAAGGGCCAUCUUUACAACAGGUGAGCCUGGCAAGCUACCGAGAGUAUCCCGCCCGCACAGCAGAGCCUGGCAAGCUCCUCGUGACAUAUUCAGAUAUGCCAAAAACAGUAACAACUGGGGCUGGAGCGAUAGCACAGCAGCGAAAUUUGACACACUUUCUAGAUGAAGUAAAUAUGAAGUCAAAUCAGAGGGAUCAUCAAAACACUCAGGACCUGGAGAUUGAAAAUGAAGAUUUGAAAGACAGGUUAAGAAAAAUUCAGCAAGAACAGAGAAUAUUAUUGGAUAAGGUCAAUGGUUUACAACUACAGCUCAAUGAGGAAAUUAUGGUUGCUGAUGAUCUGCAGAGGGAGAAAGAAAAGCUGAAGUCACUUUUGGCAACUAAAGAAAAACAGCAGGAAGAAAGCUUAAGAACUAUUGAGGCUCUGAAAAGUAGAUUUAAGUGUUUUGAGGGUGAUCAUUUAGGAUCAGGGAUCCAUUACAGUAACCGAAAAGAAGAUAUGCUUCUUAAGCAAGGUCAGAUGUUCCCCACAGACUCACAGUGUGCUUCCUCAAGUAUACCAGGCCACAUGCAGAGCAGGUCUAUGUUAAGGCCACUGGAGCUGUCCCUCUCCAAUCAAGCCUCAUAUUCUGAACACGAGAUGCUCAAGAAGGAGUUAGAAGCCAUGAGGAACUUCUACGAGUCUGCCAAGCAGGACCGGCUCCAGCUCCAGAAUGAGCUUGCUCACAAAGUGGCCGAGUGCAAAGCUCUCAACUUAGAAUGUGAACGCGUCAAGGAGGAUUCUGAUGAGCAGAUCAAACAGCUGGAGGAUGCAUUGAAAGAUGUGCAGAAGAGGAUGUAUGAGUCUGAAGGAAAAGUCAAACAAAUGCAGACACAUUUUCUUGCCCUGAAAGAGCAUCUCACGAGCGAGGCAGCCACCGGGAAUCACAGGCUCGUGGAGGACCUGAAGGAACAGGUGAGAGACAUGAAAGCGAAAUAUGAAGGUGCCUCAGCAGAAGUGGGCAAGUUACGGAACCAGAUCAGACAAAACGAGAUGCUAAUAGGGGAGCUGAAGAGGGAUGAAGGCAGGCUGAAAGAAGAAAACAAGCAAUUGCAGAAAGACGUGAGUAUGGGCGAGGCGGAGCAAGAAAAAAAGUGGAGGAGGGCCACCGAGGUGGAAAGCCAGCUAAAGGACCUGUCGGCAAAGCUGUCGCUCUCCAUUCCGGCAGAGAAAUUCGAAAACAUGAAGAGCUUAUUAUCUAAUGAAAUCAACGAGAAAGCGAGAAAGAUCGCCGAGAUGGAAAGGGAAUACGAGAAGUCGCACUGUGAAAUUAGACAAUUAAAGAGAGAACUUGAGAAUGUUAAGGCCAAGCUUGCUCAGCAUGUCAAACCAGAGGACCACGAGCAGCUGAAGAACAUAGCAGAGAAAAAGUCUGGGGAGCUUGGGAAAAAGAUCACUGAAUUAACAUUGAAAAAUCAGACAUUGCAAAAGGACAUGGAAAAGUUGUGUCUGGAUAAUAAUCUCCUCAGUCAGCAAGUACAUAGCUUAAAGAUUGAAAUGAAAAAUCACUAUGUUCCUCUAAAAGUAAGUGAAGAGAUGAAAAGGUCCCAUGGUGCGAUUGUUGAUGACCUGAAUAAAAAGUUCUUAGAUAUAACACAGAAGUAUACAGAAAAGAAGUUGGAAAUGGAGAAAUUGCUGAGGGAAAAGGACAAUUUAUCUAAGAGCGUUAGUCACCUGGAGACUGUAUUCAUACCGCCCGAGAAGCAUGAAAAAGAGAUAAAGGCCCUGAAGUCCAAUAUUGUUGAACUUAAAAAACAGUUCUCUGAACUGAACAAGAAGUGUGGGGAAGACCAAGAGACAAUACAGUCGCUCAGGUCUGAAAACACUAACUUGAAAACGACUCUGAGUAACCAGUACGUGCCAGUCAAGACCCACGAAGAGGUGAAGAGCGCACUGAGCAACACACUGGAUAAAACCAACAGAGAAUUGCUGGACGUGAAGAAAAAAUUGGAAGACAUGAGUCAGCAGUUCAUGAGCUUAAAGGAUAAGAACGAAAUACUGAAAAGAAACCUGGAAAACACCCAAAACCAAAUAAGAGCGGAGUACAUUAGCCUGAAGGAGCACGAGGAGAAGAUGAGCGCUGUAAAUCAGAGCAUGAAGAAGGUGGAGGAUAGAAGUGCGGAGAUUCUCGCUGACUACCAGAAGGGCCAAGCCAAGAUUGUGACGUUGCACGCGGAAAUGGAAGCCCAGAAGAAGGAACUCGACACCAUCCAGGAAUGCAUCAAGUUAAAGUAUGCACCCAUCAUCAGCUUCGAAGAGAGUGAGAGAAAAUUUAAAGCCGCCGAGAAAGAACUGAAAGAACAGCUGUCUGAACAGACACAGAGGUGCAGGGCCAGGGAGGAAGAGACGAAGAAAAGCAAGCAAGAGAACGAUGCCUUGAAGGAGGAGAUCCUCAGUCUGCAGAAGGAUGUAAGGGAGAAGAACCUUCUUGCUGAGAAUUCUAGAGAAGUGGAAAGAGCUUUAAGCAGGAAGACAGAAGAGCUCAACAGUAAGUUCAGAGACCUGUUGGAGAAACACACUGAAGCAAAGAAGGAGAAAGAGAAGCUUGUGGGAGAAAAUGCCAAACAGGCGUCUGAGCUUUUGGCAGCGCAGACGCUUCUGCAGAAACAACAAGCGACACUGGAACAGGUCGAGACCCUAAAACAGUCUCUGAAUGGUACGAUUGAGAAUCUAAGGGAAGAACUUAAGAACAAGCAGCGGUGUUAUGAGAAGGAACAGCAGACAGUCACCCAGCUGCAGCAGAUGUUAGAGAAUCAAAAGAACUCCUCUGUGCCCCUGGCUGAGCAUUUGCAGAUUAAAGAAGCCUUUGAGAAAGAAGUGGGACUCAUAAAAGCCAGCUUGAGAAGAAAGGAAGAAGAAAGCCAGAACAAAACGCAAGAAGUCUCCAAACUUCAGACUGAGGUGCAGAAUACUAAGCAAGCCUUAAAAAAUCUAGAGACCAGGGAGGUGGUUGAUUUGUCCAAAUACAAAGCAACAAAAAGUGAUUUGGAGGCACAAGUUUCCAACCUAAGUGAAAAGCUGGCCAAUCUGAAUAGGAAAUAUGAAGAAGUGUGUGAGGAGGUUUUGCAAGCCCAAAAAAGGAAACUGUCAGCAAAAGAUGAGAAAGAAUUGCUACAUUUCAGCAUUGAGCAGGAAAUCAAAGACCGGCAGGAACGGUGUGAUAAGUCCUUAACAACCAUCACGGAGUUGCAGAGGCGAAUACAGGAUUCUGCUAAAGAGAUUGAAGCAAAGGAUAAUAAGAUAACUGAGUUGCUUAACGAUGUGGAGAGACUAAAGCAGGCCCUCAACGGCCUCUCGCAGCUCACCUACGCCAGCGGGAGCCCCAGUAGGAGGCAGAGCCAGCUGGUGGACAGUCUGCAGCUCCAAGUGAAGACUCUGCAGCAGCAGCUGGCUGAUGCUGACAGACAGCACCAAGAAGUAAUUGCGAUUUAUCGGACACAUCUUCUUAGUGCCGCACAGGGUCACAUGGAUGAGGACGUGCAGGCAGCCUUACUCCAGAUCAUUCAGAUGCGGCAGGGGCUGGUGUGCUAGCGUCGGGCUCAUGCAGCCCGACUCCUGCCCUUCCUGCUGGUGCUGAGCUUUUGCCGCCACAGGGCCUUACUGUGACAGUGUCAUGGAAAUAAAGCAUACUUUGUUCCACCCGUAGGGUCUCUUAGUGAGAUGACUCUCUUUCUGAGUUUUCCAGCAUCACUCCCAACCUUCCGUGCUUUCUCUAGAUGUUCAGCCCACAGCGAGACCCACAACCUGUUAUUUUGCCUUGGACGGGCUACAUAUUUCUAAACUGUUGAGCCCCUCUUAAAACAGGGGCCAUUGACUGGGUCCCCUGGGAAAGGGGUUAGGCUUAAAUAAUCAUGUAAAUAUUUCUUAAAAUUGAUUUGGUGGCAGCCACUUUUAAGUGGAUCCAAACAUCUUUUAGGUCUUCAGAUGAGCCAUGAGACCUAGUGAGAUUUCAAGGAAUACUUGCAACUUGGCUGGCCAGGUUGCAUUUUUUUUUUUUAUUGAAAUAAUGAGUGUCUUUGACUUUUUUGAGGUACUGAUAGUUUUCUUCUUACACUUAAAACUUUUGUGCCUUUUAAAAUACUUUCUUGUCAGAAAUGGUUUGCAGUGCAAAUUAGAUUAAGAACAAGGCAGGGGUGGAAUAUAUUGGGAAUUUAUAGUAAAACUUCCUCAUAAUCUCUACAAACAGUUAUCUUAAUUUUAACUUGUGGUGACUUUUCUUGCCACAGUAUUUAGAGAACUAUGAUAAAUGAUAAUACUAGAUUUCUCAAAGUGUCAAAAAUGUUAGACUUGUUUUAGCAAUUACUUUGACAUUUGCUACUAUAGUAACCAAGUCCUCAUUAUACAUUCAUUCUCCAAAUGUUUCCUACUUAUUUAUAGGAAAAUUGCACUAAUGAGAUUAAUAAUGUGAAAUGCAGUUUUCUUACAAAAUUAGCAUUAGAGAAUUGGUUUUAGAAAAUAGAUCUUUAAGGUUAUGACAGAAGUGCAAUAAUACAGUAAACUAAAAAUAUACAUAGCAAAAAAAAAAUAGACCAGUUCACUAUUUAUAGAAUUCUCUAGUGUAAUCAGCCAUUUUUAUUAACUACACCUCAUUAAGGAAAAUUUGUUUUGCAAAUUUUAUUAAUAUUUUGUUUACCAUUCAGAUUGAAAGAUACUAAUUUGUUAGCAAAUAAAAGAAAUUAGUAAUUUAGGUAGGUUUUCUGGAAUUGUAAAAUGUGCCUUAGCAUACUGAACCAGAUUUUAUAAAAUGCUGUUAUUGUAUAAUAAUGACAGAUAACCAUCAAAAAAAGCUUUCCCACAAAAGUUAAGCCAUCAUUUUUUUUUAACAGUCUGGAAGCAAAACAGUGAAAAGUCAGGAUUGGGUCUAAUUUCAUUUCUUUUUAAGUGAAAAUAUCCAGUUUACACGGCAACAUUUGGAUUCUUUCAUUUAUGUUUUAUGUUCCUCUUCAGGGAUAGUUUUGAUUCAUGAAUUUUAGGUCACAUAUUGAAGCUCUAUAGAGUAGAGCAAAGUUCUCAAGUGAGUACUCACAUUUCAAUGUUGGAUCUUCCUCAUUAAGGGAAGGGAAACGUGUAUUUUAUCUUGUCUUCAAUGAUCAAUAAAAUGUUCUCUGUGGAAAGGUGUUUUGAACAUGCUUGUAAAGAUUUAUAAGCCAAGCCAGUCCAUUGUAUUGUCUUUCGGAGGAUGGUGUUGAGAAGAUGGUGUGCAGAUCACGGAGGAUGACAUCCAUUUCUAGUCCAUUUUCAGCUAUGUGGAGAGAAGUAUCAGAACACCCUCCUUGAAUUAAUCCCAGUUUCCCAUUCACUCACCUUUUGCUA